CGUCCGGGGUCCUAAUCCUGAUCGGUUCGAGUCUUUUUCCACAGCAGGUUUACCGUGCACGGCCUGAGAACAAUCUCUGGACUCUAUUAUCCUCCUAAUAGGCUAUCCUGUGAGGGGUUGAGAGAGAGUACCUGACUGGAGCUGAGACUCGUGCCGGAUCGGUACAGGUUUCCUGCGGAAAUUGAAUUUGGAGGUUGAUGUGGAUCUGGAUUGCCCUCCGUCUGGCCGCCCUCCUUCAUAUUCUGCUGCCUCACCACGAAGGUCCACAGCAGAUCCUGAACCACAAGAAGAAAAGUCGCCGGAAAUGUCGCGAGAUAGUCCCACUCCUGUUCGGGAGACUUAUCCUGCACUCGCGGCCGACUUUUGUGCGACAUCCCCAAUUGCCUGGAGAACCAGGAGCGUCACGUCGUCUGGGAAGCCUGAAGGCCAUUUCCCGAUGGUAGAAGUUGCUAAUCCAUCCGUGGGAGGUGACGUACAGGGGCCCCCUACUAUUUUCGUCUACCGGCCAUGGUCGCCUGCCGACCUUAAAGACGUGGCCGCCUCACUACCCAACCCGGAAUUGGAAGGAGGAGAAGAAUUCAAUCGUGUUUUUCUCCAGAUGCUUGAACAAUAUAGACCAAAUAUAGUUGAAAUCGAAAUGGUCAUGAUGAAAGCCUUACAGCUCAGAUGGGGAAGGGUGAAAGGAGACUGGCCCGUGCAGAAUGGCCCGUAUAAUUGGGGUGCUGGUUCUCAAUACAGGAUAACCAUCAUGGCGCUGUGUGGACGGAUAGGUGCCUUUUUCCCGAGACGGAUGAACUGGGAGAAAAUCUCUGACUGCAAACAGAAGCCGGGGGAAAGAGUCACAGACUAUCGUAAUAGACUUGAGAAAGAAUUUGAAAUUCACAGCGGGAUGGGUAGAAAACCAGAAGGGGCUAAUGAUUCUCCCUGGGAACAACAGUGUAAGACAAGACUGGUGGCUGGUUUGCUCCCAGAUUUGCAGAAACAUGUAAAGGAGCACUGCGUGGCCUUGGACGAGGGCCGUAUGGAAAUUGUUUGGCCGUAUAUCAAGCACGCCGAAAAAGUCUGUGAGGGCCAAGAAGAUAAGAAGAAAGACGAAAAGGGGAAGCGCGAAGCUAAACUACAGAUGGCCCAACUGGGUUUUUACAGCGACUACGACCAGAGGGCCCGAGGACGAGGUAGAGCGAGAGGACGAACACAGUCUAGGGGCAGAGGACGAGGGUCUGCUAAUCGAUACAGUUAUGACAAAGGUUGUCAUCGUUGUGGCUCGACUGAACAUUGGGUACGCGAUUGUCCGGAAAAAAACACAAGAGAAGAUGGACAAAUGAAUAGGGACAAUUUGAAUUCCGGUGGAUUUACAGUGAACAACCCAAGAGCGCAUAGGACUGAAAAUUACCAGGGAGAGGGGUAUUGACGGUCGGACGGGGCGGUCCAGGGAACAUCUACCAGUAAGAUCCACCCAUUACAUGACCCCGCACAUAUUGAUGUU